AUGGCAGCUGUCAGUGGGGCGACUGGUGGUGGUGGGGCGACCGGCAGUGGUGGCCGGAUGACUGGCGGUGAAGGCCAGACAACCGGCGGCGGGGUGACUGGCAGUGGUGGGGCGACCAGCAGCGGCCGGACGACUGGCGGCAGGGUGACUGGCAGUUGUGGGGCGACCAGUGGCGGCCGGACGACCAGCAGCGGGGUGGAUCCGGGAUUGUGUGCGGUAACUGCUGCUGCUCAACUUGGAUUUCAAGGAGGCCUGGGGUCGUCGCGCAUAUACUCCAUCCAGGAUUGUUGCAUACAAGGUAUCGGCAGAGUGGUAUGUGGAGACGAGGUGGUCGGCGGGACUGACGCAUUGGGGAUUGCAGCAUCACCAGUGACUGGCUCUUAA